AUGUACGUUGAGAAUAGGGGGACUCCACCGACUCCGGAGAUCGCGUCGCGUCGAUCGUUCUACUUUGGAGCGAAGCAAAGCGUCUCGCUCGUCGGAGCAACAGCCGAAGGUGGGCGUGCUGACUGUGGGUGGCGAGACUGGUGUGUCCACAUGACGGAUCAUUCGUCGUACGGCGUGCUGUCGGACUUCGACGCCUUCGUGCUGGAUCGAUAUGAUAGCGCUGAACGUAUCUACGGAGACGGGUUCUGGCACGCCAAGGAAGGCGACGACGGGUCUCCAACACCUCUAGUUCUCGGUGGAUUCUCUCCGGAAGAACGAGCCACACCAAGAAACAUAUCAAGCUGGAAGGUCGAGGAGAUGGCGAGAAAGUUCAACGAGACUCGCAAGACCACGUGGACGUUGUAUCCGGAGUCUGACGAAAUGGACGUGAUUCUGAGCUUCAAACAGCUCUACACGCUGUUACCUGGUUAUCCUGAUGGCAAUAUAACUGACGGGGAGAUGAACAAAGACAUCAUCGACGAGUGGGGGGCAAGUGAUCAAUUGUUGCUUCGUGUAAUAGCCAAGCGCGAAGGCAGUGGAGCCACAUCGGUAAUGAUGCCACGUGUACUUAACUUCACGGGCUCACAGCUAUUUCAAGUUGAUUACUACUCAUCCCUCGAGUACCCGGAAGAUGACAAGAAUCUCACCUCUGCGCCGAAUGCCAUGACGCUGGAUGUGGUUUUCAACCGCCGUCGAUAUGGCAGUGAUCUUCCGUGGAACCCUGCGCGUCCCAGCGAUGCCUGUGAUGCCUGCAAUCAGCAAGUUAUGAACCACCCGUUGAUAGCUCGAUGUCUUCAUGGUCACGUGUCGGAAAGGAUCUUCCAGGGCAUGUACGAGCGAUCAGCAAACGAGCAGAUGGACUGGGAUGGAGGGAUGGAGAACUCGUCGGGAUUUGCAAACGCAGGUGAUCGUCGAUCUUCGUCUGGGUCCGGAUUUGGUGACGUCGGCUACGGAUGGAACGGUCCUGGUCUAUCGCUAUGA